GAUGCUUUUGGGAGGUGGCGAGAGCAGAACCGUAUCGGUUCGUACCUGUGCUGGUCCGAGCAGUACGACGAGCGGCGCUGCAAGGCCGCGAGGCUUCUGGCAAAGGGCAGCACGCACGCGGCCAGGGUGAUGUCCGGGGCACUCGUCUCGCUGGCGCACCUGCAG